UUCACCUUCAUAUUGGUUGCUCUUCCGGCCGAACUCCACGAGGCCUUCCAUAUAAGUUCGGCCCACCGCCGCUUCCCCUAACAUGCGACUUCCGCUUUUCCCAGACUACUUCCAGUCACGUGACUCGCGGAGCGGCCGCCGGCUGGCUCAGCUGGAUCCUGCGACGCUCCGUAGUUUUGCCGUCCUGCGCUGGCAGGGGGCGGUUCUUUAGCUGUGCGGUCUCUUCCGCGUCCGAGGGCUGGAGCAUUUGUGGGCGAGGCAGGGCGGAGACUCGGCGGAGGCAGGCACCUCCCCUCUAACGCUAUUUCCGCCGGCGUGACCUGGUGGCUGCGCCCCACUCACGCCCCCUCAGUACCAGACUCUCAGGGCUUGGCUCCCGCGCCGUGGGCGUCAGAGUCCUCUCGCCGGUCCCGGAGGUGGGCUUGCCCUCGCAAGGGGCGACCGCCGCCACCGUGGCGGCCACAGCAUCUCGUCCCGCCUCCGCGGCCCUGGGCGCCGUGGUCUCGGCAGGCCCCGAGCCUAUGACGGGCCAGGGCCAAUCGGCCUCCGGGUCGGCCGCGUGGAGCACGGUAUUCCGCCACGUCCGGUAUGAAAACCUGGUAGCGGGCGUGAGCGGCGGAGUGUUAUCCAACCUUGCGCUGCACCCGCUCGACCUCGUGAAGAUCCGCUUCGCUGUGAGUGAUGGAUUGGAACUGAGACCAAAAUAUAAAGGAAUUUUACAUUGCUUGACUACCAUUUGGAAACUUGAUGGACUACGGGGACUUUAUCAAGGAGUAACUCCAAAUGUGUGGGGUGCAGGUUUAUCCUGGGGACUCUACUUUUUCUUUUACAAUGCCAUCAAGUCAUAUAAGACAGACGGAAGAGCUGAACGGUUAGAGGCAACAGAAUACCUUGUCUCAGCUGCUGAAGCUGGAGCCAUGACCCUCUGCAUUACAAACCCAUUAUGGGUAACAAAAACUCGCCUUAUGUUACAGUAUGAUGCUGUUGUUAACUCCCCACACCGACAGUAUAAAGGAAUGUUUGAUACACUUGUGAAAAUAUAUAAGUAUGAAGGUGUGCGCGGAUUGUAUAAGGGAUUUGUUCCUGGGCUGUUUGGAACGUCACAUGGUGCCCUUCAGUUUAUGGCAUAUGAAUUGCUGAAGUUGAAGUACAACCAGCAUGUCAAUAGAUUACCAGAAGCUCAGUUGAGCACAGUAGAAUAUAUAUCCGUUGCAGCACUAUCCAAAAUAUUUGCUGUCGCAGCAACAUACCCAUAUCAAGUCAUAAGAGCUCGUCUUCAGGACCAACACAUGUCUUACAAUGGUGUAAUAGAUGUAAUCACAAAGACAUGGAGGAAAGAAGGCAUCGGUGGAUUUUACAAAGGAAUUGCUCCCAAUUUAAUUAGAGUGACUCCAGCCUGCUGUAUUACCUUUGUGGUGUAUGAAAAUGUCUCACAUUUUUUACUUGACCUUAGAGAAAAGAGAAAGUAAGCUAAAAUAAGACAAUUCAGUAUAUUUGCCCAAGGCAGCAACAAGCUCCUUUUGUUUAAGGCAUAAAGAAGAAUCCUGCACAGCAACAUGGCUCAUAUUUGAAAUUGGUCUGUAGUCAUUAGAGGCCAGAAAACUGCUAAGUCUUUGCAAUGUUUUUCUGCUUUUUGCCUUCCCCAUAUAUAUGGACCUUGGCUACCUCUGCCCAAAAUGGCUGCCAUCAACACAAUGUUAAAACUGAAAUAAAGUAUAGAGUUUCACAAAUUUCUACAUUUUAUUGGUAGAAGCUGAUUUUCAACAUUUGCUAAAUGGAUUAGAUGAAUGUACUUUGUUGUGUGACUUAUUUGCCUGGAUUGCUUUAAAAUUAACCUUUGUGCAAUACCAAGAAAAUGGCUUUUUAAAAGAAUGUCUUUGUUUCAAGGUAAAUUAAGGAUUUACUGCAUAAGGUAUUGACCAAAUUCAGAAGAUUUUAGAAUUGAGAAAUUUUAGUGAGAAAAAAAUCGACUCUAUGCCUUAGUUUUAAUUCAACUGGGAUACACUACCUAGCAAAAAUUGAGAAAUUACAUACUUCUUGGAGAAAUAGCUGACGUCUAUUGUCAUUCCAUUGCUAAUUUUUUUUUCCCCAGAGACUUCCAUAAUUUAAAAUAAAAUCCUAGAUCCAGUUCUUGUGUUUUAGCAUAAGUACUUAGUCUAUUUUAAAUUUAUAAAAUUUGAGCUUCUAAGGAUCCAGCUGUGUCAACCUUUAUUUAGCAUAUGUAGCUAUAAAUCACUUAUUGGAAAUGCUAAAUAGAUCACCUUUUACAGAUACUGAAAUGUUUGGGAUGUGUUGUCAAAUUGAAUGGAAAUGAGAAACUUUAUACUUUAGUUUUCAGAUACAUGGAUCUAGAUCCCAAAUAAAUGAUUACUCUUCAUUGGUUACUCAAAUUCAGGUUGAAAUACAAAUCACAUUAAUAGCCAUUAUUGCUUUUACUUUUAUGAGUCAUUGUAGACAUCUAUAAAUAUAAAAGGGCCUGUUCCCAAAAGAUGCCAGAAUGAUGCUAGUAUUUUUAUUUAUCAUAAACAUCUAUGAGUGCUGUUGCACUACCAUCUAUUUGUUGUAAAUAAAACUGUUGUUUUCAAAGCCAUCUUUAAAUAGUUCUUUGAAAAUAGGUUUAUUUUUUUAUAUUUUGGAAAUGGCAUUUUUUUGAAAUAAAGAUAAAAUGAUAAGUACCUAAUUGUAUUUACUGUAAUAUCUUGUAACAUGCAUAGGAAUGCUUUAUAAGUUAAAUGUGAUGUAUUUUUUUAUACUUCUGGAUUACACUGUUAUUCAUAUGAAAUCCUGGUAUUAGUCCCCAUGUGGAAAAAUGAACUGCAGAUGAUAUUCGGUGCUUAAGAUAGCACCCUUAUUUAAAUACCUCUUAUGUACUCCCAAGUGAAUAAAACAAAAUUCUUCCUCUGAGAGCAUA